UAGCGUUCGGGAGUGAGAGAAAUGGAUGCAAUAAAGACUUUAUUUAUCUGCCUCUCGUGCGUGGCUUUUGUCCUUUCACAACAGAAACUGGAUGAUCUGAAUCAAGAAUUUGGAGAUUUUACUAGUCGUUUUGUCGGCUCGGAUCUACCAGUUGCAGGGAUAGGAGCUCAGCCUGUAGGAGUGUCACCGGAUGGAAAUUUCUUCGCGCCAGGUGUACGAGUUGCGAAUUUACGUGCACCUCUUCCCGACCCCGUGCCGUUAUUUCAGCCAAAUUUCGGACCAGUUGGAAAUGCACAUGAAAGUCCACUUUUCCCGUUUGACAGUACUGGCGGCCCAUUAAUUAACGAUGGUGUACCAUUACCCUUUGGGGGAGACUUACCGUUUAUACCGGAUGAAACCCCCCAAAAUGUUGGACCAUUUCCUUCACCUCCGAGAGGCGAUAUUAAACGCGAACUGUUCGUUAAAGAAGAAAUUGGUCGUCCUGAAUUCCUUCCCGUAGGACAUCAUGGACCUGUUGAGCCAAUUACUUCUGUUAGGGAUGUAGCCGAACGAUUCCGUUCGUCCUCAGUGGUAAAGUUAGUAUCCGAGUCAGGUGGAUCUGUUAGGGAUGUAGCCGAACGAUUCCGCGCUUCCCCAGUGGUACAGUUAGUAUCUGAGAUAGGUGGAUCUGUUAGGAAUGCAGCCGAACGAUUCCGCUCUUCCCCAUUGGUACAGUUAGUAUCUCCUGGGUCUGGUGGAUCUGGAAGGAGUGGAUCCGAAGCACUGAAAAACAUUGCCCCGUUCAUAAAACCAUUCACUGAAAAUAUUGGCAAGCGUUAUGAGCCAGUGUUUAAGGAAUUCCCUGAAAUAUUUCUGAGCGACGAAGGCAAAGAUAGUUGUUUUCCCAAAAUCAAAAAAAUAUUUGACAAAGCAUACCCAAAACUUCCUAAAUUGGAAAGGGCUAACCAGCCCAUAAACUUGCCUAUCCCCCGAUAUGCUAAGGAACUACCCCCAGAUGUGUCGCCCACUUAUGUGUCAAUAGUUAACAAUGGUAUUGUGUAUGCUCCUUACAAAAUUUCCACAACACAGAAUGUCAUUUUCGUUCCUUUUGAAAGAAAAACAAAGAAACUGCAAUAUCCAGCCUUACCUAUCUACAUUCCCUACGUGAAGCUAUCCCUAAAUGUCCCCGAACAGAAGAGACAGUAUUUUAUAUAUCUUCCGUUUCAACCCGAUAAGAAUCGAGCUCCAUCCCUAAAAUGCGAUCAGUCAAGUGUAUUACUGCCAAUCUAUGGAAAUCUCAAAGAAUUCUUCAAAGUUGCAGCGUACAAUGUGAUUGGAUUACAAGAGAGUCAAGAAGGUCCUAGCGCUGUGGCGGCCCCUUCGUCAUUCAUAAUGCCCUCUGUUGGAUUUAAGGGACCAACCGUGGUUCAGACAGGCCCAGUAAUUGCAUCAAUUAUUGCUGCAGGACCACCAGUUCAUGCGACAGGACCACAAGUCAUUGCGGCAGUGCCACCAGUUAUCAAAGCGGGACCACCACUCAUCGCUGCAGGUCCAAAAAUCAUGUCAGCCGGUCCAUCACUUAUUGCUUCAGGUCCACCAGUUCAUGCAGUAAGACCACCAGUCAUUGCAUCAGGACCACAAAUAAUGUCAGCAGGUCAAACUAUUCUUCCCGCAGGACCUUCAAUAAAAUCAGCUGCUUCUAUAAAUUUGGUCGCAAGGCCCAUAAUUACAGAGUCUAAACCCAUCAUUGAAGAACCAGUCGUUGUUGAGAAAGAGUACCGCCCAACCGGACAUCUUGCAAAAUAUUAGGAAGAAUGAGAUUUCUGACACUAUCCCAGAUAAUCACAUUAUUACAUUGUCGGCGAACUGCGUUUUGUUAUUUAUUGCUUUAUUUAUUGUUAAAAUAUAUUUUACAAACACUUUUGUUAUAAACAUUUUUUCGAGUUUACAAACAAAUGAAUAUAACGACAUCCCAAACCACGUGAGUUUAUCCCCCGGUUUUAUUUCGUUGGGAGGAUGAUUCAAUUGAGCGUGGAUAGGCCGUAUUGAGGAAAGCAGCUUUCCCGAGACAAACCCCGCAUUGCUAGUGGCCAUGGGAAAAAGGAGAUCGUAUUGUGAUAAUAGGGAUUCCUUUUGGAAAUUGCUCGGUCGCCAUUCAAAUGUUUUGUGUAAUUAUUUUUGCUCAUUAUUGAUUAAUCAUCAUUAUUGUAAAUUUUAU